UGAAUACCCAUCUCAGUUUGAUAAAUGGGCACUUAAGUCUUAUCAACAGAAACUUCAUGUUUCAUUACCCAAUUCAAGUUUAUCAAUGUCAAUGCAUUCAUCUUAUCAUUCCCAGCAGCAUGUUUCUUUAAUUUUUCCCAGCGGCAUGUUUCUUUAAUCUUUCCCAGCGGCAUAUUUCUUUACCCAUUUCAAAUUAUAAUUGCCAAUUGAGCUGAGGAAGCCUUCAAACAUAUCCUCCUCGAGCAAUUCCAAGAACUUUAUAUUGGCAUCAAGGCUAAGCUCUAAAAUGGUUGAUCUAUCUGAAAGUUCAAAUGGACAUGGAUUCUGAAAAUUGCAGUGCCCAAAGAUAUUGCUGAAAGAGAGAGAGAAAGAGAGCUUGGGAUAGAGUGUAUUAGAAAUGGACAAAUUCAGGUUUAUUACAUACAGAGGUCUGGUAGUAUUUGCAAUUGUUGUGGUCAUAAUAACGGCCGAAAGCAUCUCUUCUAACAGAUAUGGAAGACAAAAGACAGGAAGAGAAAUGGGCCUGGAUAUAAAGGAGAUGGAGGUAACUACUGCAGUGUCUGAGUUGGAUGUUUUGAGGGGCCUGGACCUCAAGAAAGGUGACAUCCACAAUGGGAUACGUUAUGUUAAGUUAUAUUUGGCCAGGUUUGGCUAUCUGUUGCAACAAAAACAGGAACAUGAUGUAUGGGAUGACCUGUUUGAUGCUCAGCUCGAAGAGAGUCUCCGUAUGUAUCAGAAUAACUUCAAUCUUAGUGUCACAGGCUUCCUAGACCAAGAGACACUGGGUACCAUGCACAUCCCCAGAUGUAGCAGGGAAGAUAUACCUGAUGAACUGCUGAUAUUCCUCUCCAAACCAAGUCCUUCUAAGGGCAGUCUAUGGAACCAAGAGCUGUGGGAAUUCGCCUAUGGGAAGCUAAAGUGGAGAAGUACGCAUAAUCUCACUUACGCCUUUUCCCCCACCAUUGCCCAUGCAGAGUCAACCAUCCUCUCCAAGGAGGACAUCCGGAAUGCACUGGCUUCUGCCUUUGACAGCUGGGAAGCAGUGGUUCCACUCAAUUUUUCUGAAACAAAUCAAUUUGAGAAGGCAAAUAUAAAGAUUGAAUUUGUGGCACGUGACCAUGGGGAUGGAGCCCCAUUUGAAGGGCCCAGUGUUGUAACGGUGGCACAUGCAUUCCCUCCGGAGGAUGGCCGCUUUCACUUCAACGUUGACAAGCUUUGGACAACAAGUUGCCAACUCACACACCAUCCCUCUGCAUUUGAUAUUCAGAGCACUGCUGUUCAUGAGAUUGGCCAUGUCAUUGGACUGGGUCAUUCCAAAGUCCAAAACUCUGUGAUGUAUCCCUUUCUACCACCGGGACACAUUAGGCACUCCCUUACUACUGAUGAUAUCCGUGGUGCCAGGGCUCUUUAUGGAACUAGAAUAUCCAAUCACCGAGAUCAACAGGAUGAUCAACAGGAGGACGAAGAAGAAAAUGAGGAUGAGACCUCCCACAUUCACCUCCUCGUUGUUGGAUUUCUUAUGCUAGCUGUUUGUCUCAUAUUCAUAUGCAGACAUCUGCUCCGUCAUAUUUGAUUCCUUCUGUAAAUACUUUCGUGUCUCCUUUCAAAGUUUUCUGCACAAUUACUGGAAUUUGGUUGUAAUUUUUUGAGGGCAUCGAAUUGUUUAAGAGGCUGCACUACUUUGACUCUUUGCUAAAUGUUCCGAUUUGUUGGUUUAGUUUAGCAGCACAAUUUCAAUAUUCUUCUGGUUAUAUACAGCAUCAUAUUUUUGAGAUUA